AUGAUCCUAUUUUAUUGGACCUUUAUGUUCGCUCUUUAUCACAAUGUGGAUUCAGCUUCGUAUUAUUUCCGACAAUUGCCGGCUAGAUUCGUCCCAUGGCCUCGAACCUUGAUCAAUCAGACUACUGCAACUUCGCCGGAAGAAUGUGGUUCAAUCGGAGAGAAUGCUGUGAUUGUGGCCAUAGUUUAUUACAAAAAUGGGACGUGUAUGGGAUAUAAUGGAGUCCUGAGUUAUCAUUUCGGCACUGUUGUCGCUCAAAGUGGGACUUUUUUCAAUUUAGUGAUAUUAAUAGCUACAAUAAUAUAAAAUUUUUGUAUGAAAUUUCAGCUAAUGGCACGAACGCCUUCGCGUGGUAUCUCCGGGACACUGGAGGAGGCUGUGGAUGCGCAGACGCAGUGCGCGCUCAAAAAUUGCUCAAUGAAUUCAGUAGGUUUUGGUAUGACGUCAUGGAUGAUAUAAAUGAUCAUUCAGCUUAUGGAAAUUACACUUGUUACAAUGGAUGGGGACUGGCCUAUGAUCCAGUAAGCGGGUAUUGCACUGGGAAGAGCAGUGCCCAGAAUACGGGUAUUUUUGGGACCAAACUCGCGUAUUAUACCAUCGGAGCGACCAAAAAUGAUACCAUUUAUACAAUGACCCGGGCACGUAUGUUACAGAUUAUGCUGUUUGUAGAAUGUGAAUUUCUUUAGUGGCCCAUUUAUGAUUAUCAUUUAACAAUGCAAAAUUUAUGUUUAAAAAGGUUAUUUGUAGAAGUCUAACUGACCUCCAAGAAGGUCGCCUCCAAGAAGGAUAAGCUUAAUUUCUCUUUCCAGAAAUAUCCGAAUCAGUGAAUUACGAUUGCUCUGAGGUCACUCCUUCACCGGCUGUUGUCUACAAUAACAUCUGGUAUUGCUUCGCAAUCAUUUCUCCGAGCGGCUCCGACUAUACUCUGAUCAGAGACAACGCCUGUGCAAAAUUCCAGACCAACGGGACUCCAGUCAAAAUCGUUCAUCCCUUGGUUUAUGGGCUGAUUUCAUGUAAGGCCAAGUACAAUAUAAUUUUUGUAGUUUGAACUAAGAAUUAUAGUUUAUAUUUCAUUUUAAUAUACCGUAUUUUUUUGCCUCAAAAAGUUUCAUUAAAUUUAUAUAACUUUAGUUCACACGGGUACUGCUGCCAUUGCUGGAAUCUAUUACAACGGAAGCCAGUAUGUUUACUACGACAACUCAACCCUCCCGAAUGACAUCCUCUGGGACUCUGGGUAUCCAACUUCAGCGCACCUCCGUAUGGUCACGGUUGACAGGGUGAACCUCUGUAAGGCAUCAUUUUACAUUAUGUUAGGGACCACUUUUAAACAAAAAGUUGAAUCCAAUUUGCAUUCCUUUCAGCAUUACAAGACGUGGCGACGAACAAAAAUGUCAUAAACUGCCUAACUAAGGUCGACAAGAAGUCAUAG